CAAAAUAGGCCAGGGAGCCACCCACAAUUUUUCCCUUCCUUCACGUGUGCCUUUUUCUCCUGAUCGCCGCAGCACCUGCCUCUGCCCCUUCCAUCCCACCACCACCACACAAGAUGAAGCUGAGCAACAAGACCUCCAGCAGGCGAAAGAUGCGCAAGGCGCACUUCAACGCCCCUUCCAGCCAGCGCCGCCGCAUGAUGACCGCUCCUCUGUCCAAGGAGCUGCGCGAGAAGUACAACGUGCGCAACAUGCCUGUGCGCAAGGACGACGAGGUCCGCGUUGUGCGUGGCAGCCACAAGGGUACCCAGGGUAAGAUCACCUCUUGCUACCGCAAGAAGUUCGUCAUCCACAUCGAGCGCGCCAUGUACGAGAAGAAGAACGGCAUGCAGGUUCCUCUUGGCUUCGACGCGUCCAAGGUUGAGAUCACAAAGCUGAAGCUCGACAAGGACCGCAAGAAGAUCCUCGAGCGCCGUGACAAGACUAAGGCCACCGAGAAGGACAAGGGCAAGCACACCGAGGAGUCUGUUGCUGCUCAAUAAGCGACUCGUUGUUGUUGACACUUUUUCUUGUUCCCUCCCUCUCCCUGUUGCCCGUGCGGUCCAUGGUCUGUCGUGGGUUUGGUGGUGCUCUUCCUGUUCAUUUCCAACACGUGCCUUCUUCGUCUAUUGCUGUCUGCCCACAGUCUGCCACGUCGUCUGUGACGCCUCUGUAUGGUAUGCGUUGCACACCGUCCGUGUCUUGCUGCCCCUGGACAAGUGAGAGCAGAGAGGCCGUUGCUCGGAAGUGAACCAGUGUACACCAAACAAGCAACAGCAGCA